AAGAAACUAAGCGGUUUAAAAGUGAAAUUAAAAUUGAUCAAUACAUUUGGGAGUAAUUGAAAAGGUUUCAUGUUUCAAGUUACAAAAUGGCGUUUAAAUCAUUGGAUUGAAAACAAAAGUAUCAUGGUUAUCCACAAAGUCUAUUGCAAUGGCUGCAAACAAGGCUCCUGAUCAGCUUAUAGAUAUUCUUAAGAAUAUUCAAGCGAGAAAAACCGUCAAGCCCGAGGAUGCAACGAGAGCGUUACAGCAGUAUCAAAAGGUUCAGGAACACAUCAAACUACUGAAAAAGGAAAUCGAAUAUUUCAAAGCGAAUAAAGCAAUAGAAAACGAGAAGGCACAAUUAGCAGCCAAGGAAAAAGAGGUAUCCUCUAAAGGCAAAAACACAAGUGUCGUCACAAAUGGUUCUAGGAAAAGCAGUUUACCUUCAAAACCAACAACAAAUGGGAAUACAAAUAACAUAAAACAACCAAGUCCGGCAGCAAAGAAACCGCUAAAAGAGGUAAAUGGUCCAAAGAUUUUAAAUGGACCCACAGAACCGCCUCAAAAGACACAAAAGACUGACAAAGAAAGUGUUAGCAAACAAUCGGCUUCUACAACAUCUUUGAAGAGUCCCAGACCGCAGAAAGUCCUACCUCGACGAGAGUCAAUUAAACCGGAUAACAAAACACCACCAAAAACUCUACCUCGUCGAGAAUCAAUUAAACCGGAUAACAAAACACCACCAAAAGAAGCGGGAGAGAAAGAUAAAGACAGUGAGCUUGCUCGCCUUAGAUUUCAAAACGCUCAGCUAAAGGUUACACUUGAGACGAGGGCUACUAAUGUCAGUUCAAAUCCUGAUGAUGCUUCGAAGGGACCAACAGUUACUCUGGCGGCGUUCCCUGAACCAGACAAACUUGUCGACGAAUUCCGAGCAAUACACGAAAAUGAGUGGCGAAGCGCCUUUCACGACCUUGACAAGCAUUACAAGUUCGAGGAAGAUGCUAUAACAGAUUUAUUAGCUACUCUUGCAAAGGAGGCUUAUAACUUUUGUCAAACCGAAGAAAAGCAACAAUUUGAAGAUAUCAAGAAGGCUCAUGCUCAUCUUACGGACGUGUUGGUUCAGCCCAAAUAUGCAACGCAGACAAGAGACGUUCAUACUGCAAAAUCUAAGUCUAUAAUCGAUAAAGACGGAUUUGCUGUAACUAGAAAAUUUCUACGAGAAUACCGGAAAGCCAUGGGUCGUGUGCCUAUUCCUGGAUUAGUUGAUAUAUUUGAGCAACUUGCCCAACGGGACGUAAUAGCGCGAAAUACUUCUCUUAGAGUAACUCCGAAAUCAGUUCGACCAUACAUUCAAAAACUUAUAGAAGUAAACUGGCUAAUGGCGUUGCAAGAACCUCCCAUGGCACAACUGUUUCCACGAGGAGGGCAACUAAUGAAUAGAGAUUGGUUUACUGCGUAUUCGAAAAAAGGAGCUACAGUCAUCCACACGGUGUGGCCAGCGUUAUUUUUGCAUAGGGAGGGCGCCUUAGCAGAAAGAGGAGUUUGUGUUGUAAAAUAGUGAAGGGAUUAUUAGCAAAACGACCUUUUUGUUAUUAUGAAUAAGAUAUUACAUAAUUUUCUUAAUACAUCAUUUUAGGUCUAAGUGUAGAUAAUUUAUGUUUAUGAUAUGUAUGUUAUCUUGUUUAGCAAUAAAACAACGUUUUGUAAUUAGU